GAAGCUUCAAAUCUCUCACAACAGAUUGCAAUGCAAAAGUAUCUGGACAAUUACGAAGGCAUCCAUUAAACUGUUGGGGCUUUAGCUUUAUUUGUUAAAGGGUUUACAAAUUAUAAUACAUAUUCUAUUAUUUUAUAUACUUCAGGGUAAAAUUAUGAAUAUGAUAAUUCUUAAUGGAGUAACUGUUUACCAAAUAAGGAAUUGAGUAAUACUUUCCCGCACCGAUAAAUCGUUAACUAUAAAAUUUCAAUCCGCUAGCUAAUCGUUAAUCCAAUAAUCCAAUACCAAUAAAUUAAUAAACUAACUUUAUUAUUAGGUUAUAAUGGUCGGGUUUUGAACAGGCCCAGUGGUAAUAACGCCAAAAAGGGAAAAGAAAAAGAAGCUUAAAAAGGUGCCGAGAAAAUAAAAAUAAAAUCGAAAAAAGUGCCCCGUGCUUUCUACUGAAGAGUGUGGCAGAACACUGCAAACGUUGUGCUCCUCCAUUGCUAUUGACUUUGUUUCAGAGUAUGGGGGUUAUAAACGACGGUUCAGUAUCAGGAAAUUUACCCACUAACAAGGUCUUUGCUGUUCAUUACCCUGCUUACCCUUCUUCAGUCGAACGUGCUGUUGAGACUCUUGGCGGCAUUCAAGGCAUUGUCAAGGCUCGCACUUCACAGUCAAAUAAGCUGGAGCUCCAUUUCCGGCCAGAAGAUCCUUUUUCACACCCAGCCUUCGGGGAGCUUAACCAUAGCAAUAACUUCUUGUUGAAAAUAUCCAAGUGUAAAGUAAGGGAUGUCCAAACUGUUGACAGUAGCUGUGGAAUAUUGAUACAAUCUUCUAGUAGUCCUGUUAAUUGUGAAGAAAAUUCUUCUGUUGAAAAUUCUUUAGCUGCACAAAAGGUGAAUGAGUCUAGAUGUUUAAAUGAUAGCGCUUCGAAAGAAAUUGAAGUGCAGACAGCUACUAAUUUGCAGGAGCAUCUCUCAGCUAAUAUUGUUUCUCAUGUUUCUGAAGCUUAUCAUUUUAAUGGAAUGGUAGACUAUCAGCAUGUUCUCGCUGUUCACGCUGAUGUUGCGAGAAGAAAAAAGAGACAGUGGGCAGAGGUGGAACCUAAAUUUGAGAAGGGAGGUCUUAUGGAUGUCGAUCAGGAGGAUUUAAUGAUUUUACUACCUCCUCUGUUCUCCACAAAAGAUACGCCUGAUAAUAUUGUAUUAAAACCUUGUGCAAGUGUGGGCUCAAAAAGAAAACAAGAGGGACGGCACAAUUGGGAGAGGGAGAUGGAGCCAAGUCUUGCCAUUGAUUUUACUAUCAAAGAUAUUCCGAAGCCAGUGGAUUGGGAAAAGUACGUUCCUCAGGGCUCAGAUCGUUGGAGAUGGCAGAAGGCGGUAUGUGAAUUGUUUGAAGAGCGUAAAAUAUGGGCCAAAGAGUCUUUGGCUGAGCGCUUGCGUGAUAAGGGUCUGAAAUUUCGAGAGAGCAUGCUCAAAAGGCUUCUUUGUGGAGUAGCAUAUUACUUUUUGAAUGGGCCUUUCCGUAGAUUCUGGAUAAGAAAAGGUUAUGAUCCUCGGAAGGAUCCUGAAUCCCGCAUAUACCAGAAUAUUGAUUUCCGAGUGCACCAUGAAUUACGAAGCUACUGUGAGAGCCGUGCGUCAUCUGGAUUGCAACAUAGAUGGGAUGAUAUAUGUGCCUUCCGUGUUUUUCCAUGUAAAUGUCAGAUACCAUUGCAGCUUUGUGAACUGAAGGAUGACUACAUUCAAGAAGAAAUCAGAAAACCUUCGAAGGAAGAAACUUGCGAUAGUACAACAGGAUGGUUCUCCGCUCAUACUCUUGAUUGUUUGAGACGCUGUAUUGAUGUGAGAUUUAUGUCAGUAUGCCCUCAUCCCCGUGCUGAGUCUUUACUAAACUCCGUGUCUGCUCGCUUCGAAAAGUCAAAGAGGAUUCACACUUAUGUGAAAGUUGCAAGACCUGAAGAGCAUGAAAAAGCCAAUAAAGUGGAAAACAAUGAAGUCGAUGAACAAGCAGAAACCCAUGAAGUUGAUGAACCUGAUGAUUUAGAAGAUUUUGAAGAUGAGUUUGAGGAUGAUAAUGUUGAAGAGGAGAUUGAUGCAUAUGACCCUCUUGACCUCGCUGUCGAGGAAGGGGAUGGCUCUCUACAUGAUGAUCCACAUUCAAACCACGAUAAUGUUUCCAGAGAUUUCUUGCAAGAGCUCUUUGGCAAUUUUCCAUUCAGUACAGCGGGGGUGGAUGAAGUGCAAGAUGAUCAGAGUCUUGGAGAAUAUCAGAUAUAUGACGAAUACAACGAUGCUUCUUAUUCCGAAGACGAAGACUACUAAGACGUCUAGCUAACCAAUGAUGGAGUGAAGAACUGAUGCUAGCUCAAGUCUACAGGGAAAAAUCUCACUUUGCCCAAUUGCUGCUAUCCAUUAUUAUUUAUCAUGUAAAACUGAUAUUUGGGGUGCGGCUCUUCCUUGGACCCUGCUAACGCAAAAUGCUUUGUGCACCGGGCUGCCCUAAGAUUGAUGUUUGUGAAUGCUAUAGAUUUGUGUAUGAAAAUUGUGCUCUCUAUCUAAUCUCAGGGCCCCUGUCAUUGUAUAGUGCUGGCCAAGAGUUUGUUCUUGAAAUGAUUUUGAGGAAUCUUUACGCCAACUUGUAAGUAUGUUAUUGAUGCUUGUUUUGUUUUUUAA